AAGGAGAAUAGGAUACAGAGAGCUGUUGUUCGCAUUCGAACACUGAUAUAUUAUAUAUAAACACACUUUUCCGUAAUAUCACCUACUAAAUAUUAUUUUGCGGCUCUGGAAUAUUCAAGUAAACAGACAAAAGACGCGAGCUACUGCUGAUAUUACGGUUGUGUCCGCACUAAAGCGCUGCAGACACUCGAGCUCUCAAGCAUAUUCAGGUUUCCAGGCAGGGAAGCCACAAGACUUUCGUUUGGACCUAUUUGAAACAUAUUCCAUUAACGUUUUUACUUUAUACUUUGCUUGUUAGAAUAGAGGUAUCGCAUGCUUCUGUAAUUACUCCACAUUUUUCUCUUUUAUCGUUUGCUGCAGUGAGAGUCGCUUCAUCUCCAUCAGCGUCUGUUCAUCCUUACUCAGCAUUCACGCGCAAGCUGUAAUACUCUUAUCUCGUUACAUAAGGCUUUAACGAGUUAAAUGUGGAUAUUGUCGUGUCACUGUGUCUCAUUGACUUAGAAAUCAAGCCGUUAAUUGUUUUGACGUCAGACUGUUGAAGUCAGACAUAGCUGGUGUUCAUGCCCGAUCUGCAGCGCUUCAGUUUUCCGUACCGUAGCAUGAAUUCUCCUCUCCAUCAUCAUCAUCAGCAGCAGCAUCAGCAGUACCAACAGCAUCAGAAUCCAGAAAGUCCCGGUCAUCCCGAUUCUCCCUCCGGUUUACUCCCCGAGGCUGCUGUCUUCGGAGCUCCUGACCCAUCCUCUUUUUUCCUCGGAGAACAACCCAUCCCUGCUGGCGUCCCCCAAACCGCACUUGACCUUACGGCAUCUUCUUACCUGCACUUCAGUCCAUCCCUCCACUGGUCCCAACCUCCUCCACCUACAGCAAUGGCAUUGAGAAACGACCUGGGAUCCAAUAUAAGUGUCCUGAAGACCCUCAAUCUGCGGUUCCGAUGCUUUCUGGCUAAAGUGCAUGAACUGGAGAGACGCAAUAAGAUAUUGGAGUUACAGCUUCAGCAGGCUUUAAACAGCAACAGUGCGGGUGGAUGCAUGGAAGACGGAAAGACUAAAGAAAUUGGUGUCCAGACUGGGUUUAUUGGGCCUAUUGCUGUCCGGCCUGGGUCUCUGUCCUUCCAAAACACUAACAACUCUGCCAAAAGACCCACUACGUUGUUUAUGCCUUCUCUCACGACUGUCCUCAAGCUUGAGCCCAAUAAAGCUGAUGAUGGGAUCACAACUGACUCAAACACCAACAGAAAUCCAACCAUCACGGUUAGUCUGUCAACACCCACCACCGAAUCCGCCUCGGCCAACACCAAUAACUCUAAUAAUACUCCACAAGUAAGCAGCAUUGGCAUCGGGACGUCUCCCAACCCUCCUCCUCGCUUCCUCCCAGGCACUAUCUGGUCCUACAACCACACUCGAAAACUGGGAAGCGGGUCAGAGACUCGGGUCACCAGUCCCGGAGUAUCGUGGGUCCACCCGGACGGUGUGGGUGUCCAGAUAGACACCAUCACUCCAGAGAUCAGAGCACUUUACAACGUCCUGGCCAAAAUCAAAAGGGAAAGGGAUGAGUACAAGCGAAGAUGGGAAGAGGAAUACACCAUGAGAAUGGACAUGGAACAGAGAAUGAAUGAUCUACAGGAGGACCUACAGGAGAGUGAAGUAUGUCAGGAUGAGUUGGCCCUCAAGGUGCAACAGCUGAAAGCUGAACUCGUGCUCUUUAAAGGACUCAUGAGCAACAACCUGUCAGAGCUGGACAGUAAGAUCCAGGAGAAGGCCAUGAAAGUGGACAUGGACAUCUGCAGACGUAUUGACAUCACAGCUCGCCUGUGUGAUGUCGCCCAACAAAGAAACUGUGAAGAUCCAAUCAAGAUCUUUAAGGUUCCCAGCCCUCAAAAUGCCAUCACCUCUCGUGCCCGUAAACAAACCUCGCAACCUGCCAAUGGCAGCGAGACAGAUGAGCCAGUCAGCACCUCUGAGAGUGAUGGAGGUGGUGCGCGAGAGGAUGAAGUGUGCACCCCUUCAACCCUCCAGAUCAAUGAAGAGAUGCAAAGAAUGUUAACCCAACUGCGAGAGUGUGAGUUUGAGGACGACUGUGACUCUCUGGCUUGGGAAGAGACAGAAGAAACGCUCCUUCUGUGGGAGGAUUUCCCAGGAUGUACUUUCACAGCGGACACUAGUCAGGGCGAGGAGGAGUGUUUGGAAAAGGUGAUUAAGGACACUGAAUGUCUUUUUAAGUCCAGGGAGAAGGAAUAUCAGGAGACUAUAGACCAGAUUGAGUUGGAACUUGCCACAGCAAAGUCGGACAUGAACCGCCAUCUUCACGAAUAUAUGGAGAUGUGUAGCAUGAAGAGAGGACUGGAUGUGCAGAUGGAAACCUGCAGGAGACUCAUAACUCAGAGUGGAAACAAUAAAUCCACUUCUUCUAUACCUGGAGGAGGUACAGAUGCGAACGGAGAAACAGAGAGGGACAAAACGGAGGAAGGAGGAAGAUAAUGACAACAAUAUGCAGAAGGUGUUUGCAAGAAGAAGAAAAAGCACCCCUCAUCUCUUCACGGCAACCAUCAUCAGUACCAAUAUCAGCCCUGCUCAUGUUUUUGCAGACUAUCCAGUCACUGCCUCUAGUGAUGGGAAAUGGAAUUACAUUGUGUGUGCUGAGUGCCCAAAAGAGAACAUGUACUGACAUUUCCCCUCUGGUACUGUUUUCACACCUUCAUAAUCUUAAAGAUGAGAGUCCUCACACAAUUGUUUGCUUUUAUCUGCUUUCAGCGAGCCCAUCCACCGGCAAGUAUCAAUCAUGUUUUCCGUUCUCAUCCCCAAAUGUCUGAGUCAUUAUAUUUUCAGCAGUGAAUACAAUCACUUUUGAUUUCGUAUGUCUGGCAGAAAAUCAUUGACAGUGUUUUCACAAAGUUUCCAUUUCCUAGACACUCUGAGGGGACAUUUGCUCACUUAUUGUUGCCGCAUGUACCGUUACGUGCCGCUGUAAGCCGUGGGUCAGUAGGUGUGUUGUGCUUCCUGUCUGAGCUGUUGUAAAUACCGGGCUGUUUAUGCUAGUGAAGGGUGGAGGUAUCUGUAGCCUGCACGUCCCCCAUCUUUGUGCUCAAAUUCACAUGAAAUAAACGACAUUUCAUGCUAACGGUAUUGUGCUGAUGCCAGGCUGCUUUGGAGUCUCGGCUGUAUGCGCUCUUAGAAUAAUGAACUCUUUUACUUCCUCUCUUGCGGGUGGAAAACAUGAGUGAUGGGUGAGGUCAGACGAGUGAGAUUCGAGGAUGUUAUGGCUCGGAGUACAUGUCAGAGCGUUACGCAUGUCAACCGCUAUGUUAUUUCCUUUUCACUUUUCCCCUCAUUUUUCGUCUUUAAGAUAAAUGAUAUUGAGCCUUUUUCUCUGCCGGUGGAGGUACAUUUCCGAAAAAAAGAAUUUCAUGAAAAUGCUGUAUAUUUAUCGCUGCUAUAGAUAUGAGAACUGCUCAGUCCAUAAAAGUAUCUAGUAUUUCUAUUUUGGAUAGUAAAAUCCUUCCAGUGUAGUUCACCCUUGGCGUUUUUUCUUUUUUCUUUUUCUGUUUUGUGUCCUUAAGACCUUGCUGGUGCCUCUGAUGGCUGAGGUUGAUGCAAAGAUCUAUCCAUUUGUCUGACCUGUUGUUUUCACUGGGAACAGUCUUGUAGUCUAGACUGGCUGUGUUCUGUAAGGAACUGAGUAAUCUGUAGAAUAAGGUGAUAUAAGAGGAGUCAUUUAUAGAGCAAGACCCUGAAGAGUUAUUUUCAUGCUAGUGGUGAUAGUUCAUGAUAGUUUAAGCAUCUUAUCUUGUUAGAUUCUACCAGUGAUCCUUUAGAAAGAGAGAUGCUGAUGGGUUAAUUCAGGGGUGUCCAAACCUGCUCCUGCAGAGUUUAGCUCCAACUUGUAUCAACACACCUGCUUGGAAGUUUCUGGUAUGCCUAGUAAGGCCUUGAUUAGCUGGUUCAGGUGUGUUUAAUUGGGGUUGGAGCUAAACUCUGCAGGACUGUGGCCCUCUGGGAGCUGGAUAGGACACCUCUGGGUUAAAGACCCCAUAAAAUGUUUGACAAACUAAAUAUUAUUUUCUAUCUGUUUAUCAGAGAGAUCUUAUGGAAACCCAUUUCUGCCUCAGAGUAAAAAACAGUUGCAACUUUAUAUCUCACAAUUGUUACUUUGUUUCGCACAAUUGCCACUUUUUUUCAGAAUUACGAGUUCAUAUCUCACUAUUUCGACAUUGUUUCUCAAAAUUUUGACAUUAUAUCUCUCACUUAUGUCAUUGUUUCUCGUAAUUGCGAUUUCAUCUCUUACAGUGUUUACAUUAAAUCGUAAUUUUACUUUGUUUCUGGUAAUUGCGACUUUUAUUUCACAACAUUAGCUACGUUUACAUGGACACUACUUGCUUCAAUCUGAAUGAAUUCAUUCCGAUUGAUAAAUCCGAAUGUAGUGUUUACAUGAACGCCAAAUAAAGUAAUCGGGUUUAUAUGCACGUUUAUAUGUCACAAGCUUCUGAUGGGAUUUAAUCUUUUGACAUGCGCUCACAGCACAAAUAUACAGAGUUUCCCGCUGUUGUUGCAUACUAACCAUCCUCUUUUUCUUUGUUUUAAAAAGCAGAAUUAAUAUUUAUCUAUUUCGGGUCCUAAUUAGGCAACGACGAGCACAGUAACUGUUGAGUUGUGCUGCUGUGUCUUUAUCAGGCAAUAAAAGCGCCCCUUCCCAUGCCCAAAACCAGUCGUCUGCGGAUGAGAUUAUGAAACAAGGACUGGUGGGACGUUGUCUCGCUCCAUUUCACAGACGAUGAGUGGAAAGAGAAUUUCAGAAUAACAGGACACUUAUUUAUGACACUUUAUUUAACAGGAAGAACAGCUCGUUCUGCACGUCAUACGUCAUUACGGUAUUUCUACAUCAUUGCACAUGCGCAGUACUCUCCAGUUUCGGUUUUCAAUGUAAUGUCCAUGUAAACGCAGCUAUUGUUUCUCAUACUCGUGACUUGAUGUCUCACAAUUGUGACUUUGUUUCUCACGAUUGCCACUUUUUUUAGAAUUGCAACUUCAUAUCUCACAAUUGUGACUGUUUCUUGUAAUUAUGACUGUUUCUCACAAUUGCAGCUUUGUUUCUAGUAAUUGCGCCUUUAUAUUUCACAACAUUGUUUCAUGUAAUUGUGACUUUAUAUCUCACAAUCGCUUCUUUAUUUCUCAUAAUUGCGACUUUGUUUCUUAUCUUUUUCAAUUUUGUGGAAAUAGGGAAUAUUUGCAGGAUUCACAAGGAUUAAGAUUUGUUGGGUGUCCUGCAGAGUUCAGCUCCAACCCCAAUUGAACACACAUAAACCAGCUAAUCAAGGUCUUGCUAAGCAUACUAGAAACUUCCAGGCAAGUUGGAGCAAAACUCUGCAGGACAGUGGCCCUCCAGGACCAAGUUUGGACACCCCUGCAUUUAAGUGUGAGAGCAUCAGGUUUUAUCAAUUGAAGAAUGAUCUCAUGGAUUAGAAGACCCAUUGAAGAAUGAUCUAAAGACCCCAUGAAUUGGUUUGAUGAACAUGUUUCCUUUCCUUUCCACCUACAAGAGUGAGAUCCUGAUGGGUUUGAUCAGGGGUGUCCAAUCCUGUUCCUGGAGGGCCACUGUCCUGCAGAGCUCAGCUCCAACCCCAAUUAAACACACCUGAACCAGCUAAUCAAGGUCUUAUUAUAGGCAUACUUGAAACUUCCAGGCAGGUGUGUUGAGGCAAGUUGGAGUGAAAUUCUGCCGGACAGUGGCCCUCCAGGACCGAGUUUGGACACCCCUGCAUUUAAGUGUGAGAGCCUGAUGGGUUUUAUCAAUUGAAGAAUGGUGAUCUCAUGGAUUAGAAGACCCAUUGAAGAAUGAUCUAAAGACCCCAUGAAAUGAUUUGAUGAACAUGUUUACUUUCCUUUCCACCUACAAGAGUGAAAUUCUGAUGGGUUUGAUCAGGGGUGUCUAAUCCUGCUGCUGGAGGGCCACUGUCCUGCAGAGUUCAGCUUCAACCCCAAUUAAACACACCUGAAACAGCUAAUCAAGAUCUUACUAGGCAUACUUGAAACUUCCAGGCAGGUGUGUUGAGGCAAGUUGGAGCUAAACUCUGCAGGACAGUGGCCCUCUAGGACCGAGUUUAGAUACCCUUGGGUUAGAUCUACUAGAGAAUGAUCCUUCAGUGAUUAUCUUGCAAAUUAAUGUGCAGUCUGAUUCUAGAAAGUUCUGAAGUUCUUAAGAACCUCACGUGAUUUGUAAUAAUCAGCUCUCCUUUUGGGAGAGCACUUUCUAAUUCUAACCAAACGCCCACAGGGACUAAUAUAGUAGCUCUAGAAGAAACUGGCGCACUGACUUUGUUUGCUGGUCAUUCAUAUCUGUAGUCUGAGCGUAAAACCACAGCUUGAAUUCAAGAAUAGAGACUAAAACUCUUUGACAAAGACAUUUCGAGUGCCAAAUGUGAAAUAAAACAUUCAGGAAAGAUACUGCACACAGUGAAAAUGAAAACCUCAUGCUUUUGAAAACAUGGUGCUGUACAUCCAGCAUGUAAAUUUUCGCUGUUGAAAAACAAAGAGUGAAAGCUUUAAUAAACAUAUCACUUUCUAUAACGAGCCAGAACAGAAUUUAUUCAGUUGAACAAUAUGUUAUGAACCAUCCUCAGGUUGUUUUUCUUUUCAUCUUGUUCUAUUUUUUGCAUACUGACUGAGGAACAACAUUGUGUGUCUGCCUUAGGUUUUUCCCUCUGACCACUGUGAAGUUCUGUCGGGGAUUUGCAGAUUGAUUUGAUUUUGCUGAAUAUUUCAGUUAUUUCACAUUAUUUUAAAGAUGUUCUAUGGGUGCCAACUUACAGACAGCCUUAUGAUAAUAAUGUGUAAAAAUCAUUGAAAAAAUAUUAGCCCAGAAAAAUCAAAGGAUGACCUUGAUGAUUAAUUAAAAUGUUAAAAUUUGUUUUGUUUUUUUUCAGGAAAAGGUUUUGUUUGUGAACUAAACAUUGCUUAUCAUGUUGUUUCUGCUGCCAUCGCAAACAACUAAGCCAUUGUUCGUCCACAGAAAUUCUUUUAAUUGAGUUUUUUUGCUUUUGUUUUGCAGCACUGAGCUGAACUACGUGUGUAAGACUUAUGUAUGCAUGUGUAUAUGUAUGGAGUGAGCACUCCAGGUUUCUGCAACGAGUAAGUGGUUGUUUUCUACAGCAAUUUACUUCUUGUUUGUUGCUAUAUGACCUUAAAGCAAACGUCUUUUACGAGAAUUCUCUUAAUUCAAUAACCACAAAUCCUGUCUUGUAUGAAAAAGUUAUACAGUCAGGAAAAUGACUCAUUGGAACUGACUGAAUUUUUCUUAAAGAUUCUUCAGAUUUGCAGUGGCUACAAACAAUGAGUAAAUUCCACAUAAUAUCGUCACCAAAAUAAUAACAGAUUUUGAAAAAAAAAAGAGAAAAGUGCUUCGAAAGAAUGCUUAUUUGCAAUAAAUGUAUGAAUGCAAUGAUACUGUAACCUAGAAGAGACAAAGGGAGAGUCUUGUAAUGCUCAAACGCUGGCUAUGCAAGCAAGUCCUGAACCUUGACAAGAGAAUUACAACAUUUGAAAUUAUCACUUGGGACUCAAUUGAGAGUCUGAAAGAAGGUUUGAAUGAUCUCAUAGUCAUUCAUAGCAUCUCCGUGUCAUUCUGUAACAUCUCACAGGAAUGAAUCUCAACUUGUUCCUACUGUGGAAUUGUAUGAAUGUUUAUCUUUUAUGGGUUCUCUUUAAAUUUACACAUGAGCCACUGUGGUUGAGCCUUUCAGAUACUGUCGAAUGGCGGCAGAACCCUUCUGAAUGUCUGCGGGGACGAAAAGGACCCCAACCAAAGCAAUGUCACAUGUGUAUUUUGAUUUAAAGAGUAACAGGACUAUAUGUAUAUAUAAAUAUGUAUGUGUAACCCAAAGCAGAACAGGAAUUGCUCGCUUCACUGCAAGUGUACAGAAAGACUGGAGCUUUAAAAAGAUUUCUGAAUAAAGGUUACAGCUGAACACACAUCGCGACGAGUGGAGUUUUUGUGUCAUAGUGUGUGCGUUUUGUUUUUCUUUUUCAAUCUGUAGGUCAUUUUUUCCUCUUAAGUAUCUGUUUAUCUGCCAGUCUGCUACGCACUUAGUUGCUUAAUAAGGUGAUAGUGGAAAAAAAGGCCAAAUGGUGUAAAUUGAAAAGACAUUUAAGAUCAAAGCCACAGACAUUUGUGUGAGUUAAAAUAGCUCAGUCUGACCUUUUGUCUUUAAACUGCUUCAUGACGGUAGGUCUGGGUAUGUACUACUAAAAGGGAGUUUGUUCUACAUAAAAUAUAUUUUCAUUUUGUGUGCAGCUUCGUGCAAACAGAUAAAUGUGUGUUUUUAUGAGGCAUUCCAAAACUACUCCAAUUAGACUGAAUGCGUCCUAGCCUUAAUCAAACCAGUAAUAAUGAAACAACGAAACCGUGACAGCUGCACAGUAUGUGAAGCUAUUGCCUCUCUCUCUCUCUCUCCAAAACAGUAAGCAGGUGAAGGGCAGUUUGAGAAAGAGAGGGAGGAGAAUGACAGGAAGACACAGCAGGUGAGGAAACAAUGAGAUGUAUUGAGCAGAACAGAAUACACACUGGCAGAAGACACAGAAAUUGAGUUUGAAAGCAUUUGAUGACAUUUUGGAUUCUACUAAUUUUGAGAUGCUUGUGACAAUGUUAUCUGUAGCCAUGGUGAUGCUGACAGGUCACCAUAUAUACGGCCACCCUGUGCAGGAUGGAAAUGCGAGAGAUCCCAAUUCCCCUUUGUGUCAAGCAGGAGAUUACCUGCCAGACAAUUCCAAAAACUGUGUUCGUUGCGACUCUGGUUUCUUCACCAAUCAGGAGAACAGAGAAAGCAAUUGCCACCGCUGUUUCCAGAACUGCAAUGCUGAUUUCUAUAUGGAGGUGGAAAAGGAGUGUACGCAUAAAUCAGAUGUAGUCUGUCGCUGUCAGAAGGGAUAUGAAUGUACCACGGAGGACCAAUACACAGGCCAAUGUCGGGAAUGUGUUCCUGUCACCACCCCAAGCUCAUCCUUCACCCCUGCUGACACCCCUUCAUCCACCAAUUCAUCUACCACUUCACCCAUAAGUGCACAGAGCUUUCUGGCCAAAUAGGGGUCUGCCACUAGGGGGAGCAGGAGGUGGGCUUGAAUCCUUAUAGAGUGCUGCAGGGAUGACCUAUUUUUGUAGGCCAACCCAGAAGUUAGCAUCACCCUGGUUCCUGCCACAUAAAGCUAAGAUUUUUGCUUUGGCUUUUAAAUUAUUGUAGAAAGUUUAUGAUUCAUACACAUUUUGUUUAUCAUGAUAAUCUUCACAACCUUUAAGAACUCGGAAGUUAUACAGUCGCCUGAAGUAAAAUAUUGAACAAACUACACCACGGUUACAUGACUUCAUCAUCACCACCGCUUAACUUCUGCCAACUCUUUCAAUCUAAAUUUAAAAAACACCUUCCCUGAUAAGGUUCUAAUGUGUUGUUUUUGUGGUAUAGUGGAGGAAUCCACCCACACCUUUUUUUUCUCUCGUUUUUUUUUUUUUUUUUUUUUUUUUUUUGAGAAUCUGCAUGAAUGAGAGAAAAUUUGGGUGGUCUGUUUUAAAUAUAGUUUUCUUUGUAGUAUUAUUUGGCUUGUAAAGUUUUGAGACACAUUUAAAUAUAAAUACUAUAAAUCUGCCAGUGGGAAUUAGAAUAGUUUAAAAAGUUUGCAAGAGUGCAAGUAUAAACACAACGAGCCUGUAAAUGCGGACUAGUGAGUAGAUUUUCUGUACGGUGUACUAUUUUUAUGUAAGGGAUAAUGUACAUCCAGUCGGUUGUUAUCUCAGAAUAAACCCCGACAGGGUGAUCAGGACCCUUGCAUCAGCCUGAAGGGGUUUACUCUGCGAUAACAACCAGCUGGAUGUACAUUAUCCCGCUUAUUACGUGGCUACUUGCCACAUAAGUAAAUAAUUAGACAUGAAAUAUUGAUCUGAGUCAAAAUAUUUUAUUAGCUCUUUAAACGCAAAACUUCCGGGGAGAGAGCAGUUGCUUGCGCGGCAAGUUCAAACGAGACUGACACUAGACUGACAUUUAAAAGAUACGGUACAGUCAUACCACAUAUUACACGACAUUUCGCCACUUAGAUAAUUACGGGGAUAAGAGAUAUUGAUCUGAGAUGAAACUGAUUUAAAAUCGUACCUGUUUGUUUUCUUAUAAUCCAUUACAGUGAACAAAGCAAUAGUCGCAAAAUGGCAGCAGCUGACACCACGUGACAUUUUUACAGUUUUUAAUCAUUUUUUCUUUUUACAAUUGAAACUUUUUUGAAAGGUGUGUGACAUUUAAUGUCUCCGACGACCUCUAUAGUGUCAUUUAGCCACUUGUUAGCAACCACCUUUUUCAAGACACGUAAAAGUUUUAAAGAAUGACAAGUCGGGUAUUACCGAUGUAUGUCAAAGAAUAAAACAUGACAAAAUAUCUUGAGCUUGUGUUCACCACAGACCUUAUUUCAGGCAUUUAAUCAAAAACCUAUUGGAACCAGAAGUUGAAAAAUGCUAACUCUACGGUUUUUUUAAGUGCACUCUAUUUGUAUUAACAGGACACUCAUUUUUGCCUAUUUUUUAGAUUUUAGAGCACUUCUGCUAUCAUCUAUUUAUAGCACCCUUUAAGAGCACUGUUUCUUGGAGAGCUCUUUCCCAUAGAAGAAUUUUUCAUCUCACCUAUUCAUCUCAACAUAAAUAGUAAUGCUCCCUUGUGCUUAUUUCACAGGUGAAAGUAAUUUGUUGUGGAUUUUGUUUGCGUUCAUUUCUGUCAUGUUAUCUGCCAUCAUCCUUACACUCUUCUUACGACUGUGCAGAAAGAAAGAGAAGGAAUGUUUUAAGCAUUUUGUCAGGCAGUGCUCUUUGGGUAAUAUAGAGGUGGACAGUGAGACCACACCUCCUUCCAGCCAACCAGAUGAGCAGCCCCACCCACAGGAGAUGCUGUCACAUGGCAGCACACCCACCAAUCACAGCACAGACUGCUCUUUUCAUAAGCCAGUCAGCUCAGAGCAGGCUGUGCCUCCAGCUGGCAAUUUAGGCCCUCUCCACAUCUACGGUCCCCAGACAGUUUUUGUUAGUUUGCUCAAUCAGUUCGGAUGGGAUGGAGGGGAGAAAAAAGCACACGAACUCCAAGAAGAAUCGUUAAAUAACAGCAACGCGUCCUACCCUCAGUCUCCACCCGUCCAUCUGUCUGAGGAGGAACGGAGCAGAGAAAACGACUUUAUCUUCUUCCCGUCUCAAGAGCAAGGGAAAGAGUGCCACAUAUCUAAAGAAGAGGUGCUUUGAGGAAUCAUGGGAACUUUGUAUCCGUUCUUCUGUACUGUUCAACUGCUGUGUGGUUUGUUUUAACUGAUGCUUCAUGAGUACCUAGUAUUAAAACUCUAACCCUGGCAGGGGAUUUCAUUGAGAGAAGCUGCAUUAGGGGAAGACCUAGCUGUGUGACUGAAAGUAUGGAUGACAAAAGUGUCGCGUACGAGCUUGACAGUUCAUGCCAGCUUUUAAACCCAUGCAGUACGUUUAUGAAUAACCACUGACUCUAAACCAUCAGAACAGCAGUGGGAUCCUAAUGCUGAUUUUGUGACGAGUUGUUACCACAGGCUUUCAGUUCACUGUAGGUCUUAUGAUGGUUGAAUGACCCUCAGGAGCAAAGCGGAAUCUCGGUGCCUCUUUUCAAAGUGUUUGAAGGCAAUUGCAGCUCUAAAACACUCAGAAGAUUCACAUAUUUGAGAUAUUUAUUUUAAGUAAAGUUUGUUGAAGUUAUUGUAACUGCAGUGUGCCCCAUAAUUUCCUUUCUAUCUAUCUAUCUAUCUAUCUAAUUUACUGACUUAUGGGGCAUUUUGAGUCUUGACAUAUACCGUUAUUAAAUAGUAAACAUGUUUAUUUAUUUAUAACCAUUAUUAAUUCUGUUACUGUUAAUAUCACAAAAAAAGUGUUUUUGCUCUCACGCGGUUUAUCAUUGUUCAAUCACGUUAAGUCCCUGGUUGAUGCUGUCAGUGUUCUUCCUCAUUUCUUUGGUUUUUAUGUGGCAGGCAUGAUGGAUUGUGACGUGAAAAAAGCCCUGACAUUUUGAUGGUGGUCUGGUCUGGAAAUGUCAACACUGUUUCUUCGCUCAGAGCUCAAUAAGCACAGCACAAAAACAUUGUAUCAUCAUGUAUUAUGUUGUAUAUUUACUGUAAUACACGUUUUAUAUACCUGAUAUUGAUUGUUAAGUGCAAUAGAAAUCAAUAAAAGUUUAUUUUUUGGUA